AUGGAAGUGGAUGAGACAAACUCGAAACCGGAUGAUCAAACGAACCUUAUUCCAACAAAUAACGAACCAGUUGAUGAAAAAACAUUCGACGAGUCAUCUUCUUCGGAGACUUCUCAGCCUCAUUCUUCGGGAUACAACUCGCAUGGAGAUGCAUCAGAAGAGCCGAUUCCUCCAGGAGUAAUUGAUAACUUCGUGGAUCAUCGAACUAUACAGCCGACAGAUUAUCCAGCGUUGAACUUGGAGCGGGACAACUACUGGCGCAACUCGCAAAACUCAUUCUCGCACUUUAUUCCCGCGAGCAGGAUCAGCAACAGGCCGAGUCCAGCUGUGGCGAGACAUAAUCAGCAGAAUCAGAUGUACUACGACUCGAUUCCACCAGAAGCAAGAGAUCAUUCCCGCGAGCAAAUGACCUGCCAGUCGAUCCAGUCGCUCAACGGAAACAAUCGCCAACAACACAUGUGGACCGCCAGAUCUGGUGCGAGUUACAUUCCGUCACACUACGCCCAGCCGAAUCAUCUGUCCGCAUCUGCCGGCUACUCCUACACUCCAAAUCACGUCCGGGUCUCAUCAAACUUGACCGAUGUCAAGUCACAGAAGAAACCGGACAAGUCGGAUAAAUGUUUCAAAUGGCGCGGUCUCAUUGCGAUUCUCUCCGCCGCCUGCAUAAUUUUACUCCUCCUUGUUGCUGUGGUCAGUUUCAAGUUUCUACUACCCGCCGCAACGAACAGCCCCUCGGACAGUACUGGAGUCACUGUCGGCACGGGGGUCAAAAUAAUUGACCCAGCGGUUUCCUGCUCUUCAAAAUCUCCCGUCUGGGAUGCGACAAAGGAAAUCUACGUUGGCUCGACGAUUGAAACGCUCAUUACGCCUGAAUCAAGCGUUCCAAUUGUCCUGUAUGUUCCGGAAGCUGGUCACGUGAACUUCUUUGCGAGAACAGAUCGGCCUGACUGCAGCCUCGUCCUUAUGGCAAGACAGACCCUGCCUCCAAAACUCUCUGCUCAUGACUUUUUGGAAUCACUUUCUGGCGCGUAUGCCACUUCCACCGCUGAGAAUUCGAUCAUGUACGAGUCCCGCAUUUCCCGAGGAUUAGCUGCUGGAACUUGGUAUCUUCAGCUAACUAACGACGGGUCCAUCACUUGUCAAGUCAGUCUGAAAACCGAAACGAGCGACAGUUCGUGUCCAAAUGACUGCUCCCAAAAUGGAAUUUGUUUCGAGUCGAAGUGCUCUUGUUUCGGUGGCUGGACUGGAAGCGACUGUAGCAUUGGCAUUUGCGCGCCAGUUUGCUCGGGGAAUGGAGUCAUGGCUGGUUUUAUGGACGCUUGUGUCUGCUACCCUGGCUUUUCUGGAGAAAAGUGCGAGAUGAAGUCUUCAGAAAAACAAGAAACUUGCGAAAGUUCCUGCAAAAACGGCUCAUGCGAAGGAGAAAAGUGCAUCUGCAAAGCCGGCUUCAGCGGAGAAAACUGUGAGACGAAAACAUGCCUGAACGAUUGUAGCUCAAACGGCGUUUGUGUUUCAAAUGGCAAGUGUCGCUGCUUCAAUGGCUACUCAGGCGCUGACUGUAGUUUUAACAACGCGGCGGAUGAGAGCUCCGAGUCGUGCUCGGGCAAUGGCUUGUUGAUUCAAAACGAGUGCUUUUGCGAUGACGGUUUUACUGGCCAAAAAUGCGAAACAAAGACGCUAAACGAAGAAACCGACGAAAACUGCUUUCCCAAAUGCGAAAAUGAUGCUCGAUGCGUUUUGAAAAACAGCGAUUGGAAAUGCGAAUGCAAGCCUGGUACAACAGGUGUCAACUGUGGCGCUAAGGUCGAGCAAAAUUGCAUCGACGGCUUGGAUAACGACAACGAUUGGCUUGUCGAUUGCGAGGAUCCCGACUGUUGCUCGAAUCCAGCAUGCAUUUUUUCUUCUGGUUGCAAAACGACUCUUCAUAACUUUGAAGUUACUGGGGAAUCAACCACGGAAAAGAUCCAAUCGUUGGCAAAACAGCUCAAACUUUCCUCACGAUUUUCUUCAAACGAAAAACUCGCUGUUCUGACGGGAAUUGUCGAGGAUGAGAAUCUUCAAGGAAUAAAGGGCGUCUCUGUCAAGUCGAGAAAUGGAGAAGUUUUCACAGCAGCGACGGGGCAUUUUAUUCAAGUCCAAGCCUUUGGGUGCGAGAUUUAUACGUUCGAACGAGCUGGAUUCAAGGAACGAGAGGAGAUGAUAUGUACAUUUGAAAAGAUCAAUUAUCAGGCUCCUCUUCGACUCUCCUACAAAAACUCUCCAGCCGAGUUUUUCCGUUUACCUCCUCCAGCACUCGUCACCAUUCAAUCAGACUUCUCAACGAAUCUUCUCCCGAAUGAGUCAUUGUCUGAUGAUUUUCCCGUUGAUCUGGCAACGCGAAAAGUCAGCUUCUCGUCUGAAAUUCUCGACGGAACGCUCAACCUGCGACUCAUGGAAGAUCCAGAUGAGUUCUCGAUGAUCUACGUGACUUUUCAGCCGACAACUCCGCAAGCAAGAGUUAUCAUUACCUGUGACGGAGCGGAAGUUUUCUCGGAGACUUACUUCAAGCUCGAACUUGGAAAAUCGAAACAGAUCAUCGCCGAUUGGAACUUCUCGAACAUCUUUCAGCAGACAUCGAAGUCGAUCGGAAGCUGCCAAAUCCACAUUGGCUCUCGAUACGACCUCGAGAGUGAAUAUACUUGGUCAUCAUCUCGCGUAGCACUGGUCAAAGCUCAAGAGCCCGAUGUCAAGCAAAAGACUGCUGUCGCCAAUUUCGUUCCCGACUUCAUCUCAUACCUUGAUCGCGAAAACGGAAUCAUCUUCCAUCAGAAAGACAACAAAAUUCAGCGAUUCUCCAUGCAGCUAGAAAAGGAACUGAGUUCAACAGUUAAGAUACAAGUCGAUGAUGUUUUCGAGAGUGAUAUCAAGGAGGAGAUCAUCGUCUUCUCCAAGUCAAGUGGCAUCUUCUCAAAGUCCUCGACGAAUUCUCUGAAACGCUUGGUUCAUUUCCAGAACGCUGUUGGAAUAUCGAAAUCGCCACUCUCACGGGACAACACCUUCUUUGUCUCCUUCGCCGACAAAAUCAUGAAAGUUCAAAAAUGGCGCCAGACUCUUGUUUACCGCAAUUCUGGAAAUGAAAGGAUUGGAAAAGUGGUGGCACUCUCUGAUGAUGAGCUGAUCUUUGUUCGUGGAGAAAACGAGCUGGUCAAAAUUUCAAACGGAAAACUCUCUAGUUUGUCUAGAAAAGAUGGCCUUGAAGAACCAUGCCGUCGCGACAAUGACUUCCGUCGAAUGUCUUCGAUCAAAUUUGAGCGAAUCAAAGAUCUUCAGUUUGAUCCAUCGACGAAACAGCUUCUCAUUCUUGACGAAAGAAACAUCUGGCGAGUGAGUCUUCGAUCUGAUGACAACUGGACGAGGAGAGUGAUUUCGUCUUCUUGUGGCGAAGUGAAUGAAGUUCUAACUGGAGCUUCGAAUCUGCAAAUCGGGAGCAAUUCUGCCGUCCUUAUCUCAAAUCAGCAGCAGGUCUACGAGCUUCUUGGCGACUCAAAGCUAGUUCUAUUCCUUGGAAGUUGUACUGAUGACGUCUGCGAUACGAUUUCAUCGACAUCCGCUGCGAAGUUUGGCAUGAUUCUCGCUUUCAGAAGAAUCAAUGAUGGAUUCAUCGUGGUCGAUGAAAGCUCUGGCGCCGUUCAAAUCUGGUCAGUCAAACCAAGCGAACCGACAAAAAGCCCGAGUGGAUACGAAGUCGGUUUCCCAGACGAAAAUUUGAUUCGCGAAUAUCUUCCAGAUGGUCGACUGGUUGUCGUGAAGGAUAUCUACACAAGGAAGACCCUCAAAAUCCUGACUUACAAAAAUAACCGCCUUGAACAGAUUGCUGAUCACUACAAAAAUACCAUCAAGAUCACAUACGAGUCAAACUCAAGAAUCCUCCUUCAGAACUCGCACAACCGAGCAAGAGCGCAAAUCAUGCUUCGGGGAGGACGCCCGGUCAAGAUUGAGGACGAAGAUGGUUCGACAGAGAUCAAGUGGGGCCCGGAUGGCAGUCUCAUGGAAGUUGGGCCUUAUUACCUCACUUACAUCAAGAGCCGUAUUGCUCGAGUGUCUCUCAAUAAUUUUACCGUUGAUUUAUCAACAGUAUCUUCCUUGAGCGCCUUGGAGAGCUACUCUGUGACUGAAAAAUGCACAACUAGACUGGGCACAGUCCAAGUUGGAUCCUACACUGCUAUUCUUCUUGAUUCAAACGGCCAAGAAACAUCCGUCGCUGCUGAUGCAACUGUCUCGACAUCUUCUUCUGGCUUCUGGAAGAACAUCGAAACAUUUUCCAGAGAUCCAAUCACAUCACAGCCCUCUCUCUUUGGUCUUCACGAAAGCCGAGGAUUCACAAAGAUCCCAGAUCGAACAACCGAAUGGAUCUCCACUCUCUCAAACGAGCGGAAAAACCACGUGACUCGCAUGCGUCGCGAAGGAGCAACACUCAUGAGCUAUGAGCUGGACUACUCGAAAUCAAAGCCAAGGGGUAAAACUUACGAUCAGCUGAAAACUUUCACUGGUACACUCGAUCUCGACCCAGCUGGAGCCAUCGAACGCCUUGCUCUCGAAUACUCCCAAGGCCAAGAAGGAAACAAGAUUGAGUUCUCAUACGCAAGUUCUGGAGCUCUUGUUGGCUGGAAACAGCUUCGAGAUGGCGUCAAAAUCGGAAUGAGCUUCACACGCGACCGGGGCAACAACAUCGUUGAAGUCAAUCCACAAUCUUCAGCUCCUCUCAGAGUCGAGCACAGACGUAAUCAGCUGAAAGUCACAACCGCCGCAGGAAGCACCCAUGAACUCGGCUACAAACUUGGCAAUUCUAAAUGGUCCGAGUCAGAAAUCACACGACGAUAUCCCUCUGGUCAAGAAUUCAGCCGGGUCCGCGAAGGAAAGACUUCGACCUUCUCAAGAAAUGGAAUUUCGUUUCUGUCAAUCGACGAUCAGGGUCUUUAUCGAAAAAUCACAAACACUGUUGAUGGAAAAUCGUACAAUACUGUCGAGCUCUACAGCUGCUCCAGUGAAAUUCGAUGGCGAAAAUCUCCUGUGGAAUCGGUUCGUUAUGAAAUCAACGAAGAGAAGUCCAAGAUUUUCUUCGACGAUUCUCAACUCUCCAUCGAAUCUGUCAAGUACAAGAAUCUUUUGUCCUCAGAGACGAUAAGCGUCAGUGGAACACCAAAAAUGGCGGUUACGUACGCUUACGACAGCUGGCAUCGAAUCAAUCGUGUUAUUCUGGAAAUUCCUGGCUAUCGCUCGGUUAGCAGAGUUAUUGAAUACGAUGGAGACCAAGUUUAUGCGAUUGACAAAUUCUCAUUCUUCGCAUUUCCAGAAAAAGCUCUCAUCCAGAUCUCCUCCGCAAAUCCUCGAAUGAAAAUUCUUCGUAAGAAUCAUCGCUCAACUGGCCGUCUUGUUGCAUCGCAGUUGAAAAUUGCCGACGAGCCAAAAUUCCAGAGCCAAAUUGAGUACAAUUCCCUCAAACAAGUUCAAAAAGAAAUCGUCGAAGUCCUCAGCACAAAUAAUGAAACGAUCUUCAACACAGAAAAAAUCCUCUAUCGCGGCGAACUUGCGGAUCAGCUCAUCUUUCCAAAUGGAAAGCUCGUCCCGAUCGGCCGAGAUCAUCUUCAUCGACUCACCAAGUUUGGCGAUAUCCGCGUCACUUGGACUGGCGCUAAUCACAUGACCCUGGGCUCGGAUAAGAUCGAGGUCAAUUACAAAGGUCAACCAGUGAAGAUCAACGACGAUAGAGUCCAUUUUGAUUCUGAAGAUCGACCCCGUGCGCUUGGGACGAACCAAUUCUUCAUUUUCAAUGGCGAUCAACUCCUCUAUCACGUCAAAUCUCGCGACAUCAUCGAGUACUUCUACGAUCCGUCCGGACAUCUCUUCGCGAUCGCUCAGAAAAGUACGCUCUCUCCCCAAGUCAAGUACUUUUACGUAAUGACGACUGGGGAAGGCUCGCCAGCGAUCAUUUUUGACGAAGACGGAAAGGUCGUCAAAGAAGUUCGCUACGGUGCUUUUGGCCGAAUCGCUUUUGAUUCUAACCCGAAGUUCGAGAUUGUCCUUGGUUAUUCUGGAAGACUCUGUCUUACCGCCAAUGUCUGCCAGACAAAAGACAAGCUGUGGAUUCAAACCCUGACAGGCGAAUCCUUCAAUUUCGCCGGUCAAAUCGCCGAGCUUGAAAAACUAGGCGAAAUCGACAGAUCGAGGAGCACUCUCCCAAGCAACAGCUGGUGGCCUUACUCUGCUCCCGAAGCAAGGGAACUCAUCAAUUCGAAACGAGAUCGCCUCGUGGUCGACUUCUUCAAAAGCAUCAACAUCCCAAUAAUGCCUGAAGAAUCUGGACGAUUAUUUUAG